AUGAGCCGAGAAGACCGUCCCAAUGGCGGCCGAAGAACACAAACAUACGAGGAGGAGGGUGCGAGGGAUAGGAGGAUACCUCAGGAAAUAUUGGAUAUAAUAAUGCCGGCCUUACAGAUAGGUGGUGUUGCAGGAAUAUCCGGAACCAUCAUAGGAGGAUUCGGCGGUGUAAUCCGGUCAAAAACUCCAAUUAUAUUCGCAUUGGCAUCAGGGAUUCAGUGGUUUACUCUUGGUACCUCAUUCUACGCAUCACGAAGCGCAAUUCUGCACUCAUGGACCAAACAAAAACCCUCACAAGAAAUAACACCCUCAGAUAAAAUAAAAGCCAGCGCCCUAGCCGGUUCCACAGCCGGAGCCUUCGGUGGUCUCCUAAGAGGACCCAAAAACAUCAUCCCCGGCAUCCUAAUGUUCACGCUCUUCGGAGCAACGGGCCAGUACAUCUUCAACGUGCGCUCAGCGCGGCAACCUGACGAAGAGCAGCCGAACAACCACAGCUGGCUGAACUCGCGAUGGAGUCCGAUGAAAGUGCUGAGUGACACGGAGUACGACGAGAUGCUGCAGGAGAAAUUGCUUAAGGUGAAUGCGCAGAUUGCGAUUAUCGAUGAGAAUAUUGCGGCGUUGAGGGAGGAGGAGGUGAAAGAUAGGGAGGAUGGUGGGCUGAAAAGUGAUGUGAAAGCGACGAAAUGA